AUGGAAAGAGUCGAGUUGAGAGCUCAUAGUACAAGGCAGGCCUUUGAACCCCACCACUUCGCUCACGGCUUUACAAAGAACCGUUAUAAAGGGCCCAAAGGCGAGCUUGACAUGUUAAUACGCGGACUAAUGACCGUCCCUCGCGCGUGUAAAGUUAUCGCCUGCGCCAUUGCUGUAACCCAAAUGGUUGAAUGCGCCCCUGUAAACUAUCCUUCCCAGCCCUCAUCCAACAUCCCUUCCAAAGUAGAUGCUGGCGACUCUUACUACGGGCCACCAUUUCAACCCUCUCGGGUUGCUCCCGCACUUGAUUAUUCCACGAGACCUCUCAAAGACAUCCAGAGUCAUCGACAUGAUACACCACAGACUCCGUUCCGUCUUGCGUUUCCUGUUGUCACACCCAUUAAAGAUCCAUUAUCCAAUACCCAAAUAUCAAACUAA